AUGGGCAGAGCCCGGGCUGUUCGGGGGACCGGCAGCCGAGCAGGGCCUCUUCCCUUCGGGGUUGGUCGGGCUUUUUGCCGGACCGAGACGCACGUGGGCCGGGUCUCGCCUUGCGCGCAAACUUUUUCGCCCUCUGCGCCUCCGGGGUGGGCUUCCUUCCGGGGCCCCCUGCGCUGCCUUGCCCGCCUCUCCUCCUCCGCCGCCUUCCCAGGAGCCCUCUCCCGCAGAGUCCCCAAAGCGCCUUCUCUCUCCCCCGCCCCUCCACUGACUGCUGCCCGUCUUGUCCUCUCUCUCUCCCGCCAGGCUGCCGCCGCCGCCGCCUUCUCGUCGUCGUCGUCCUGCUCGGCGGGGCGCGGCGCGGGCGCCGCCGGGGGACUCCGGCUGGAGGCGGUGAUGGAGAACCUGCAGCGGGCGCAGGCAGCGCGCCUCGAGGAGAAGCUGCGCCGGGCGCAGGCGGCCCAGCCUGGAGCCGGGGGGCCAGGAGGCGGCGGCGGCGGCGCCCCCCGCGGCCAGCAGCCCUCGCCACCCCCGUUGCGCUCGGCGCUGGAGACACGCGCCCCCCCGCAGCAGCAGCCCCGUCCAUGCGGAGGCGGCGCUGCCGCCGCGGGCAGCCCGCUGGCCCUGCGCCACUUCGCGGCGGCCGGGCGCUGCGGGGGGCUGCCCGCGCCCUCCGCCCGCGCCCCCCCAUUGCCGCCGCCGCUGCCGCUCCCCACUCGCCCCCCACCGGACGCCGCCGCCCGCAGCCGGUCCCAGACGGAGCGCGGCUCCGCCUUGCGCCACGAGGAAGAGGAGGGCGGCGAGGAGGAGGAGGGCGAAGCCGUGGCGGCGGAGCCCCACUUCUCCCAGCGGCCCUCCUCCGGCCCUGCGGCCGCCUCGCCGCCGCCCGCGGCCCCCCAGCAGCAGCACCACGAGUGGACCUACGAGGAGCAGUUCAAGCAGCUCUAUGAACUGGACACGGACCCCAAACGCAAGGAGUUCCUGGAUGACCUGUUUGGCUUCAUGCAGAAGAGAGGAACCCCCGUGAACCGGAUCCCCAUCAUGGCCAAGCAGGUGCUGGACCUCUACACUCUGUACCGGCUGGUGACCGAGAAAGGGGGCCUGGUGGAGGUCAUCAACAAGAAGAUCUGGCGGGAGAUCACCAAAGGCCUGAAUCUGCCCACCUCCAUCACCAGCGCCGCCUUCACCCUCCGCACGCAAUACAUGAAAUACCUCUACCCCUACGAGUGUGAGAAACGCGGGCUGAGCUCCCCGGGUGAGUUGCAAGCCGCCAUUGACAGCAACCGGCGGGAGGGGCGGCGGCAGACCUUUGGGACGACGCUGUUCAACUACUCCCCCGUGGGGACUCCGGCCGUCUUGUCCUCCUCGAAGAUCCCCCUGCCCGCCCUCACCAUCUCCACGCACAGCUGCAGCCAGAUCAGCCAGAUGCACGCCAUCAAGAAAGAGGAGAGCAUCCUGUCCUCAGCCGUCCCCAGCCGCAUCGCCAUCCCCGUCAGCCUCACCGGGCAUCCCCUGGUGGCGGCACAAGCGACCGCGUCUCAGGCGGCGGCCCUGGAGCAGCUGCGGGAGAAGCUGGAGACUGGGGAGCCGCCCGAGAAGAAGAUGGCCCUGGUCGCCGAGGAGCAGCAGCGCCUGGUCCAGCACGCCCUCCAGCAGAACCUCCUGGCCAUGGCCUCCCAGUUCCCAGUCAACAUCAAGAUCAACAACCGCGGAGAUGACAGACAGGAGGCUGCAUUGAACCUGUCCACCAACGGCAUUAGCAGCAUCAACAUGUCAAUAGAAAUAAAUGGAGUUGUCUACACAGGCGUGCUCUUUGCCCGGAGGUCCAGCAUCCCCGGCAGUGCUGCGGGCGCCCACAGCCACGUGGGGCCAGUGACAUCGCAGAGCCAGCUGCUGCCCGCCACGCCGCGGGGCCACGCUCCGGCCAGCGCCUCGCCGUGAGGGGAGAUGUCCCAGGAGCCCCCCUCUCGGGCCCCUGCUCCGUCCUGGUGCCAGAACCCUUGAACAGCCGGGCUGUGCUACGAGCUCCCGGGGGUCUGACGAGCUCGGCGUGGCCAGCAGCUGC